UGCCCUGCUUGUGUUUCAGACUGACAGAAUGAAUGCAGGCCUGAUGGCCAUAUGCUGCUGAGGGACACCAUGAAUGAACCAUGACACCUACCUUCACACGGAACUGCUUACUAAUUGGGUGAUGUGCAGCAUCUACAGGAUGAUUAACAGCAGCUCCUUCUGAAAACCCAGGAUGCCUAUGGUGUCAGUGGGCGGAGCAUCCUCCUCCCACCAUGUUGUACCUGUUGCCCUCACCUGCUCAUGGCUGCUCCUGCUCUUCCACACCGUCUUUGGUCAGAAACCUGCCAAGCUGCCCUUGAUCAGCAGAAAGCCCUUCAUCGCCGCCUGGAAUGCUCCGCUGGACAUGUGCACCAUCAAGUACAAUAUAACCCCCAAUCUUGACCAUCUCUUCCACAUCCAUGGGAGCCCACGUGCUGAUUGGACAGGCCAGAAUGUCACUAUCUUCUAUGCCAACCGUCUGGGCUACUAUCCUUACUACACUCCGCAGGGAACCGCUGUGCAUGGCGGCCUGCCGCAGAACUGCAGCCUGGACCUGCACCUAUUGAAGGCCUUCCAGGACAUCAACCACUUCAUCCCUGCAGAAGACUUCCGUGGCUUGGCUGUCAUUGACUGGGAGUUCUGGAGGCCUCAGUGGAGCCGUAACUGGCACAAGAAGGACAUCUACCGCCAAAAGUCAAGGGAACUGACGGCCAAGGCGUAUGUGAAUGUGACAGCCGCGCAGGUGGAGGAGCUGGCACGACGGCGGUUCGAGAAAAGUGCCAAAGCCUUUAUGCAGAAGACUGUUCAGCUAGGGACGCGCCUUCGUCCUAAUGGUCUCUGGGGUUUCUACCUCUACCCUGACUGCCACAACUACAACCUGCAUGACCAGAACUACACAGGCUUCUGCCCGCUGCUGGAAAGCCUCAGGAAUGAUGAGCUGGUGUGGUUGUGGAACAGCAGCACAGCACUUUUUCCUUCUGUGGCGAUCAGGAAAAGUCACACCAACAGCAUCAGCAACCUGCACUUCUCCCAGCACAGGAUCAGGGAGUCGCUCCGUAUUGCCUCGCUGACCUCAAAGGAGUACGACCUUCCCACCUACGUGUACCUGAGGCUGGGAUACAGAGACGAGGCCCUGGCCUUUCUCACCACAAAAGACUUGAUCCACACCAUCGGAGAAAGUGCUGCUCUGGGUGCUGCAGGAUUCGUCAUCUGGGGCGACCUGAACUUGACCUCAUCCAGGUCAAACUGCAGCAAAGUGAAAGCCUUCCUGAGCCACCGCCUGGGUCAGUACAUCAUCAAUGUGACAAGAGCUGCUGAGGUCUGUAGUGACUUCCUGUGCCAGGGGAAUGGCCGCUGCGUCCGCCGGGACCCCCGUGCCCCCCAUUACCUCCACUUGAGCAGGGGCAGCUACCACAUCCGUCCCUCUGGCAAUGGGGACUUUGCUGUGACCGGGUGGCACUCCCAACAUGAACUGCAGCUGCUGACUGAGAGGUUUCGCUGCCACUGCUACGAAGGCCAUGAGGGUGAAAGCUGCGACAGCGCUAACAAAGUGAAGGAGGACGACGAGCUGUGGAGGGAGGGGGAGGAGGACGAGCAGGAGAGGAAGAGGACAGAGUGGGAGUACGAGCAGGAUGAACAACGGGACACGGCCGAGAGUGCCGCAACCAAAACAGGCUUUAGUCUUUACAUGAUGUUGAUGAUGCUCCUGUUGAACUUAUCUCUAACAAAAAGAGUUGUAUGAUGUUUUCUUACUCAAGGAGUUAUUUUCCAAAAUGCUUGUGUAGAGAUGACACAUUGACAACAUGCUGGCUGUGUGUGGAAAUCAAGCUGGAUGUUGAAUUGAACACUUGAUGUACAGUAGCUGUUUGACUUUGAGUGUAACUAAGCAGCAUCAUGUUGAUCAGAGCUGACACUUCUUAUUUUGCUGUCAGUUAAUGUGUUCAUAGUUUGUUUCAGUCAUUUUUACCUAGUUCCAGUCAACUGGAUCACUGCCUGUGGUUUGUCUGGUCUUGUUCACAGAUCUUUCCAGCAGUGCAGGUUGUUGUAAGAUGACUCACAAAAAUAUUAACUCUUGAAUGGAUAUUACUUCAACUGAUGUCGCAAACAUUCGCUCCUCUGAUAAACAGAUUGUGAAAUCGG